UACAGAGAAACGAGGAGGUCUGAGCCGAAAGGAGACGAACCAGAGGACGGUCGGGACUGAAGGCGCCGCAGGUCGAGGAGCUGAGGCCUUUCAGAGAUGGAUUUUCACCGUGAGGAGACAGAAACGCUCAUCAGGUCGCUUUAAAGUGUGCGUUUGAGUUUAGGUGGAGACGGACGAUCAGGAAACGCCGCCAAGGGACCAGAAGCAACCGUGGAUGGAGGGGUCUGGAAGUCCUCGCUUCAGAAAGCUGCACUUCCCAGUGGGUUUGUGGAUCAACUCCCCCAGGAAGCACUUUGCCAAACUGGGUGGCCGGUGGCCCAGCGCCAUCUCUGUCAAGUCGACCACCAGCUCGGACGCCGCCUCCCUCCACGACGCCCCCUCCGCUCCUUCCUCUUCCCUUUCUACCUCCACCCCCUCGCUGGCGUCCCCCGCCCCGUCCCCGUCCCCGUCCCCGGCCUUCCUCCGGCCGCGGCCCGCCGGGCCCCAGUCCCGCACCAAGCGCCUUUCCCACCUCUUCCUGCGGGGGCGCUCCAACAGCGACCGGGACCGGGCGGUGGGCGAGCGCGAGCGGGAGGUGUGGGCCCACUCGGCCGCCCCGUCCUCGCACCACUACCUGCCCCCGGCCUCCUCCUCCGCCCCGGGGCUGAUCAAGAUCUAUGGUGACGCCCUGUCCAGCGGAGCCAACUACCGCUCCCUGCUGGCCAACGUCCACUCCACGGCCCGGCAACUCAUCGCCCAGGUCAUCACCCGCUACACCGAGAGGGAGCGCGAGGAGACGGACGACGCAGUUCUGCAGAAACACAGCCCCGAGGACUUCCUGCUGUGUGAUGUCAUUGGAAAGCCCAUCCAGCAGCCAGAUGGAGCCAUCAAAUGGGAGACAGAGUGCCGGAGAAGCGUCGCCCCCUGGGAAUGUCCUCUGCUGCUGGUGGACAUGUGGCGGCCGAAGGACGGCUUUGAGCGGCGCUUUGAAAUCCAGCGGAAGGACGACUACGAGAGGGAGGAGAGGGAGCGGGAGAAGGAGCGCGAGAGGGAAGGCGAGAACUACCAAGGUGUGCGCUGGAGGCGGAGCAGGAUGUCGUCGGGCGGCGGGCCGGAGGAGAGUGAGCGAGGUCACCGGGCGAGGAACUCCGAGCUCAGGAGGAGCAUCAGCGACAUGAACCUGAGCCUGCGCCGUCGCCAAGGCAACCACGUCGCCAACGAGCCCCGCGGCAACGGCAACCGGGCCAACAACAGCACGGUGACGCAUGACAGGAAGAACAUCAUGAGCAUGAUCAACCCGCAGCCAGGAGAGGUCAGAGCGUCCAGAGCCGAGGCCAAGGUCUGCUGGACGAACCAGCCGGCGGAGGAAGACAAGGACUACUCCAGCUGCGACCUGGAAGUGAUGUCACAGAGCCUGAUCCUGCCGCCGACGGACCGGCCCUACUUUCUGCUGCUGCAGGGCUACGACCAGAGCAAGGACUUUGUUUUGUACAUCAUGGCCGGCCAUACGCAUGUGUUCGGGAGGAAGCCCACGAUGAGGGAGCGGGAGAAGGACCGUGAGCGGGAGAGGAAGGGGAAGAGGCCUCUGAAAGUGGACACCUUCCUGUCGGCUCCAGACCUGCUGGCCCGACACCUGCUGGUCCGGAGAGACGCUGCCGUUCCCGAGGCACCUGCUGGACAAGCUCUGAUGCGUCCCUUCAGAGGCGGCGCCGUCACUCAUAACGGCGUGGCCCUGUACAGAGAGGCCGUCCUGAGGCCCGGUGACAUCAUCGGCCUGGGGAACCACUUCCUGUUCCUGUACCGCGAUCCCCGCGUGACCCCGGCUCCCCCGCUGGCCCUGACGCUGCCCUGGCAGGCCGACGCCAGCUGCUGCCCCUCGGGCCUGGUGGACCGGCAGGAGGCCCUGAGGCAGUACCUGGGCUCCACCGAGGCGGUGCUCAAGUUCCACCCUCGCCACGCCGACACCUUGUUACAGGAGAUCAUCACCAAAAACUCCUCCCCGGACUCUGGUGGGGGACCGCUAGCUCCCGCGUACCUCCUGUCAAUCAUGAUAGACCACGCCUCCAAACACCUGGACCCCGCCCUCACACCGCAGAUAUUACUCAAGUCUGCCAACCUCAUUAAAGAGAUCGUCUGGGAUAACAUUAAGGAAUUCGGGGAUAAGCAUCCCACGCAGAACUCGGCGGAGCAGGAGGCCGACAUCGGAGCCCCCAACGUCCAGAAGCUCUCCUCGGACCUGCGGCCGCUCAUGUUCUGGAUGUCCAACGCCACCGAGCUGCUCAACUUCUUCCAGGUCAAAGUGGAGACCAUGGAGAAGGAGUGGGAGUUUGAAGCUCCUGGAGACCCGGUUCUGACGGCCGACAUGGACACCUGCUCCGAGGCUCUGGCCCAGCUGGACGAUGUCAUCAUGCACACCUUCCAGCAGUGCGUCUACCACCUGACCAAGACGCUGUACUCGCUGCUGCCGGCUCUGCUCGACUCCAACCCGUUCUCCGGCGAGGAGAAGGAGAAGGAGAAGGACGGAGCCGGAGGAGCGUCGGGGGAGGAGAAGGGAGGAGGCGACGGGGAGGUGGACGACGUGUCGGCUCUGCCCUCCAAGGUGGCCGGCCUGGUGGAGGUGUACCGCUGCUCCCUGAUGCUGUCCAGGGAGGCCUGCCUCUCGCCGCCGCUCACCUCCCAGACCUUCGGCUACCUCUUCUUCUUCACCAACACCUCCCUGCUCAACACGCUGCUGGAGAGAGACGGACUGUUCUCGUGGUCCAGAGCAGUUCAGAUCCGAACCAACCUGGACCUGGUUCUGGACUGGCUGCAGGGGGCCGGGUUGGGAGACAUCGCCUCCGAGUUCAUGAAGAAGCUGUCCAUCACCGUCAACUUCCUGUGCAUCCCGAAGACCCGGCUGAUCCAGUCGACGUGGAGCAGCCUGCAGGAGGACCACUCCCUGCUGAGCCCCUCCCAGCUGCACCACCUGCUGACCCACUACAAGCUGGGACCCACCAGAGCUCCUCCGUCCUCCUGGGCUCCUCCUCCAGGCACCGAGCUCAGCGGAGACAUCUUCGAGAGCUUCCUGGACCACCCGCCCCUCAUCCUGCCCAACGAGACGCCCCGCCUCGACCUCUCCCAGCCCAUCCCCAGCCCCGAGCUGCAGAAGGAGGUCACGCGUCUGCGCACCUUCCUGUGGGGGCUCGACCAGGACGAGCUCCCGGCCAAUCAGAGGACUCGGCUCUGAGGACGCCCAUAUUUGGAAUAAGGAUAACGGCAAAACAGGAGAAAUGCAAACUGGACGUGAUUUCUGCAUUUUACUGCCUGUGUGUUGCUGUUCAUUCGUAUCAUUUCAUUUAUUCAUUUAGAUAUGUUCAAGUAGAAUAAACGUCCUGGCUCUGGUUUGUCCAGGUUGGACUUAUUUUGGGCCCGGCGCUGUUAUGCUCCACAUGACUGUGUUACUUGGCCUCCAUGCAUGUUUUCAAACUACUUGUUUUUAAUAAAACGCUGAAUUCUAGUCUACAGA